AUGAGCGCUACCAGGAUCUGCACGAUUGUCAGAGCCAUCAACCAAGACAACUUGCUGAGCCUGGAGCAGAACGGUUGGAUACAGAAUGGCGCAUGCAGCGGUACAAACAACAAGCGACGCUGCGGGGGCCGCUCCGCGGAAAGGAGUCAUCCUCAGCAGCAGCAGCAGCAGCAGCAGCAGCAGCAGCAGCAGCAUGCUAGCAAUGCCCUGACAAUGACCAAGAUGCCAGCGGAGAUCUUAGAGUCAAUCUUCAUACAGCUGAUGAUCAAGCUGGAGGGACGAAGCCCCUUGCUCACAUCAGAGGAGGAGGACGAGGACAACCGCUCCUGUGCUCACUUCGUCUUCUGGCUCUGCUCCAACACGUGCGUGCCCCUCUCCUGCGGUCCUGCUGCUGACGUUACCCGUCCUCUUGUUGCCCUCAGGUGCAGAAAGUGGAACUCGGCUUGCAAGAGCCUGACGGUGCUGAGGAGAGUCAGCCUAGUUGGCCUCCCACUGUUCCGACCGUGCUGCAAGAAGGAGGAAGCAGGAGAAGAGGACCAGCUCUCCCCCUUCUCGUCCUCCAGCACCCUACCCGACCCCAGGAUCGAGCAAGUCCUCAGGAGGCUGGCGGCUGCGGGGAACGUAGGGGCUAAGUUCUUGCUGGGGCUCUAUCUCUCUCGUCAGAAGACGUUUGCUCUGCUAUGCGAUGAGACCGAUGAAGGGCACGGGAACGCGAUGUACCACCUGGGCAUGCUGGCGUUCGGAGGGACAGACCAGAAGCUCCGAUGCAAAGUGAACGGGGGAGAGGUUGUCGGAGCAGAGCUUGCGCAAGCGGAGGAGAGAGCGAUGGAGCUCUGGCAAUCUGCUGCAGAGUUGGGACACCUCGAGGCCAAACUGAUCGUCGAUCCGGAUUACCGCCUGAGCAGUCUGCAGGAGGUCGAGAGUCAGCUGACGCAAGAGGAAGCUGAGUACCGAAGUUGGCGCCUCUGCACCGGCAACAAGAUGAUCAAAGAAGCACAGAGGCCUCGGAACUUCUUCUGCAAAGCUCGUGAAUGCAGCUACGAACAGUGUGGGAUGUACACGCUCCUCUGCGAGUUCAAGCAGUGUGCAGGGUGUGCGACUUUGCUGAAGAAGAGAAGAUACUGCAACCGGGCGUGUCAGAAGAGGGACUGGGUCCAACACCGCAUCUCCUGCGGAUGGUUCGGGGUGUGA